CGCAGCUCUGAAUGCAGGGCUAAAACUAACACUCUUCUAGGGAUCUUUUACUAACAACUUCCAGACCUUAAGAAAUAGAAUAUCCUGACCCAACUGCUGCAACAGCGGAAAAGGCUCGUUGCAGAUACACUGAACUGUAAAACAUUGAUUAAGAAAAGGAUUUAAAGCAUUAUUGCUGAAGAGAUAAAACACAUUUUGGGGAUUUUGUAGGAUUUUGUUUCUUUUAAGUGAAGUCGACUCGUGAUGGUUCUCCUGUCACUAUGGUUUGUUGUAGCUGGAAAUAUAGUAGUGAAUUUGACUUCAGCUGAUAAGGCUGGCAAAAUAGGUGAUAAAACAGAUUUCCUAAAAAAGAACCUGAGAGAGUAUGGGCUGGUAACUCCAAUAAGUACUGACUCAGAAGGACGCUACUUAUCAAAUCUUCUUUCAGCUAGCCACAAGCAAAGAAUCAAAAGGGAUGUAUCUAAAGAUGCUUAUCAUGAAAAUAAGCUAUUUUUUAAUGUCACUGCUUUUGGGAGGGAGUUUCAUCUGCGCCUUCACUUCAACAGCAGGCUGGUUGCUCCAGGAGCUGUCGUAGAGUGGCAUGAAGAGGGUGGGGAAUUUGAGAAUGGAACCGGUGUGGAGAAUGGAAAUCACACUCCCUACAGCACAGAAAGGAUAGUGAAGAAAGAGUUGCUCAGAACAGACUGUGCUUACAUUGGAGACAUAACAGACAUCCCUGGUGCGACAGUUGCUAUUAGCAACUGUGACGGACUGGCUGGGAUGAUUCGAACAGGUUCUGAGGAAUACUUCAUUGAACCACUGCAACAGGGGAUGCAGAGAAAUGAAGAUGAAGGGAGAGUUCAUGUAGUGUACCGAAGGUCAGCUGUCCAACAGGCAUCCCCUGACAUGUCCACUGACUUCCAAAUUGCUGAGCCUGAACUUGAUGUUACCUCAUCGCUUGAUAACAUCUCCGAAGAGCUGAAGGAGACCCUCAGGAAGCGCAGACAUGCGGGGGAUGAUGACUACAACAUUGAGGUCCUCUUGGGGGUAGAUGACUCUGUUGUGCGAUUCCACGGAAAGGAACAUGUUCAGAACUACCUCCUCACACUUAUGAAUAUAGUCAAUGAGAUUUACCAUGACGAUUCUCUUGGCACACAUAUAAACGUAGUGCUGGUACGAAUGAUUAUGCUUGGGUAUGCAAAGUCCAUUAGCCUGAUUGAAAGAGGAAACCCAUCAAGGAGCUUGGAGAGUGUCUGCCGCUGGGCAUUCUCACAGCAGAAGUUGGAUCCAGAUCAUUCAGAGCACCAUGACCACGCUAUUUUUCUAACCAGGCAAGAUUUUGGACCUGCUGGCAUGCAAGGCUACGCGCCUGUAACAGGCAUGUGUCAUCCUGUACGUAGCUGUGCUCUGAACCAUGAAGAUGGAUUUUCUUCAGCAUUUGUUGUGGCUCACGAGACAGGACAUGUACUCGGAAUGGAGCAUGAUGGCCAAGGCAAUCGUUGUGGUGAUGAGACAGCAAUGGGCAGUGUUAUGGCUCCUUUAGUUCAGGCUGCAUUUCACCGCUACCACUGGUCUAGGUGUAGUGGCCAAGAACUCAAGCGAUAUAUUAACUCGUAUGACUGUCUUUUGGAUGACCCCUUUGAACAUGAUUGGCCCAAACUUCCAGAACUGCCAGGAAUUAAUUAUUCAAUGGAUGAACAAUGUCGUUUUGACUUUGGAGUUGGAUACAAGAUGUGCACAGCAUUUCGGACAUUUGACCCAUGCAAACAACUUUGGUGUAGCCACCCUGACAACCCUUACUUCUGCAAAACCAAGAAGGGCCCCCCACUAGAUGGAACAGAGUGUGCACCAGGAAAAUGGUGCUAUAAGGGUCACUGCAUGUGGAAGAAUGACAACCAGCUGAAGCAGGAUGGUAGCUGGGGAUCCUGGGCAAAGUUUGGUUCCUGUUCACGAACCUGUGGAACUGGGGUUCGGUUUAGAACUCGUCAGUGCAACAACCCCACGCCUUCAAAUGGAGGUCAGGAUUGCCCUGGUAUAAACUAUGAAUACCAGCUGUGUAACACAGAUGAAUGUCCAAAGCAGUUUGAAGAUUUCAGAGCACAGCAGUGCCAGCAGCGCAAUUCGUACUUUGAGUUCCACAGUGCAAAGCAUCAUUGGCUCCCCCAUGAACAUCCAGAUUUUUUAGUUGUCUCCACCCAACCCAUUUUUUCUUUCACAGCCAUUAAAAGGUGCCAUCUUUACUGCCAAUCAAAGGAAACAGGAGAUGUGGCCUAUAUGAAACAGUUAGUCCAUGAUGGGACACGUUGUUCUUACAAGGAUCUCUACAGCAUCUGUGUGCGUGGUGAAUGCGUGAAAGUAGGUUGUGACAAAGAGAUUGGGUCAAACAAAGUUGAAGAUAAGUGUGGAGUUUGUGGAGGGGAUAACUCGCACUGCAGAACUGUCAAAGGAACUUUUACCAGAACUCCAAAGAAACCUGGAAAGCAAUUAAGCAAGAGAUGCCAAAAAGAAAUCAAUUUGUUGGAAAACAAAACCUGGAAGACGAGAGGAGCGUUCUUAUUACCUAAAGGAGCACGAAAUGUGCAUCUCAUUGAAACAAAGGAUUUUAAAAAUACCCUUGCCAUCAAGAAUCAAGCCACAGGACAUUAUAUUCUCAAUGGCAAAGGAGAGGAAGCAAAAUCUCGGAACUUUAUUGACUUGGGAGUGGAAUGGGAUUACAUCAUCGAGGAAGACAUAGAGACCCUUCACACCAAUGGACCGUUACAUGAUGCAGUUGUUGUCUUGAUUAUACCUCAAGACAAUGACACAAGAUCAAGUUUGACAUACAAAUAUAUCAUUCAUGAGGACUCUGUACCCAUAAUUAGUACGGGUAACAACAAUGUACUACAGGAAAAUGCAGACUUAUUCGAGUGGGCUUUGAAGAGCUGGUCACAGUGCACAAAACCUUGUGCAGGAGGUUCACAGUACACUAAAUAUGGAUGCCGGAGAAAGAGUGACAACAAGAUGGUUCAUCGCAGUUAUUGUGAUGCAAGCAAAAAGCCAAAGCCCAUUCGCAGAAUGUGUAACCUUCAGGAGUGCACUCAGCCUAUUUGGAUCACGGACGAGUGGGAACACUGCACUAAAACCUGCGGAAGUUCUGGAUAUCAAAUCCGUACAGUGCUUUGCAUGCAAGUCCUUAAUGAUGGAACAAACCGCUCAGUUCACAGUAAAUACUGUAGUGGGGAAAAGCCUGAAAGUCGAAGGUCAUGCAAUAGAGCUCCAUGCCCUGCACAGUGGAAAACUGGAUCGUGGUCAGAGUGCUCUGUAACAUGUGGAGAAGGAUCUGAGCGCAGAUCUGUCACAUGUCGCACAGGGGAUCACUGUGAUGGAGAGAAACCACAAUCUGCCAGGAUAUGCAAGCUUGCUCCUUGCAGUGAUGAACCAUGUACAGGAGACAAGUCCAUAUUUUGUCAGAUGGAGGCGCUCGCAAGAUAUUGCUCUAUCCCAGGAUACAGUAAGCUUUGUUGCGAGUCCUGCAGCAAGCACACUAGCAUCCUCCCCACUUCAUUCCUGUCUGAAGCAGCUAACACCGAAGAAGAAAUCAGUUUUGAUUCCGUUCAGAUCCCUGGACUUGUAACAAUAUCAACUUCCACACAAUAUCCUUUAAUCUCUGUUUCCAGCAGAAAAGGCCCUCAAAGCCGUAGACUAGCCACAGAAGGUGAUCAGGUUGUUUCUGCAGCUGACGAGAAGUCAAAAUCUGCAGAUUCAGAAAAUGUUAACUCAGUAGGCAGUAAGACUUACAGGUUGGUAGCAAUGCAAUACCAGCCUCAUUCAAGCAAACCCACCAGUAAUUCCUUGGUAGUCAAUAAUCCACCACCUGAAAGUAACAGCAGUUCAUCAGUCCCUCUGUCACCUGAGGCGUUUACAAGGAAGACUGAGAGACAUGUGGACAGGAGGUGGCCCACCAGGUCUUCUGCUGUGGAGAGAUGAAGGUGGGCACCUGCAUAACAAGGACUAUUUGUACAAUCAAUGUGGACAUAAUGGUGCAUCCUGCAAAAAAUUCAUUUUGAAAUCCUCAACAUUUAUAAAGUGCUGGUUCACUUGUGUGUUAUUGGCUUCCUGUACCAGUAAAUCAGUAAUGUGUCUGUAGUGACUGGAAACACACCAAAGAUAUGCUCAAAAAGGGUAGAUUACUUUGGCUGUUCCUUUAAUAAAAGUCAAGGAAGUUUUGCACUUCAGCUGAAGCUAUAAAAUAUAUAUAUAUAUAUAUAUAUAUAUAUAUAUAUAU